CUGGAUGGAGGGAGGGGGAGAAAGAGGAUAGGCUGCCAUACUCUGAGCAGGGACGAAAGUGAAGAGACGCUUUGCUAUUAUUUUUCCGGAUAGCUAUUCGCUUUUUUUCCCCCCCUCCGUCAAAGACUGGAAAAGGGCAGGAGAAAGAGGAAGACGCAAAAUAAGAGAGACAGAGGGGGUAGAGCUGGGAAGGAUGAAAACAAACCUGUGAGGGUGUGAGUGACUCUGUGCGUAACAUGCUCUGUCAUGCUGGGGUGACUGCCGCUGUCCCUCCAACCGCCGUCGCUGCUUGUCAGGAAGAGGAAUGUUUACCAGAGGAAUGAGUCCCUGAGCCGGUUCACCAUGUGGAUGUGGGACAGUAAUUUCCAAACCUUCGCUGGAAGAAUCCCACGGAAAAAAGAGCAGUGGCCAGAGAGCUUAGCUGGUCCUGCCAGAUGGCUGCAUGUGUGCUCACAUUGCUGAUGCUCUCUGUCAGAAACUGUCUUCACAGUAGGCUUAUGUCUAGUUGCUCUCUCUGCCAGUUCUGAAAGUUUUUUUUAGCCACCAAGUGUGUUAGAAUUUUUAUUAUCCUUCUGGAACUCAUUGGAUUUUAUUGGGGAUUAUAGAGUUUUUUUUAUUUUUUUUUUAAGUUUGCCUUGUUAGAACCAAAACUUUACAUUUUUUUUUCUUCUAAGGAAUCUUUUUGAUCAAACAAGUGAAGGACUGGUCUGAAUGUAUGGAACACAGAAGUGGACUUUUACCUUUUACCGUACAAUGGAACAAUAUAUUUUUCAUCGGAGCUACAGAUACAACAAGUGGAUAUCUGCAGAUAGACUUCUAAAUAGAUAAGGGGCUCACAGUGUAAAAAGCCAACAGGACAGGGGAUCAUUCCUGACACAGCUUUGUUAUGAAGCCUGGACAAUACCUGGAUGUACCCAGCGAAAGGUCCAUAAUGCACCUCAGCCAUUUUCCCUUCAGAAGGCACUCCUGGAUAUGUUUUGAUGUGGACAAUGGCACAUCUUCAGGUCGCAGCCCCCUGGACCCGAUGGCCAGUCCGGGUUCAGGUCUCAUCCUGCAGGCCAAUUUUGUCCACAGCCAACGGAGAGAAUCAUUCCUGUACCGCUCGGACAGCGACUAUGACCUCUCCCCAAAGUCCAUGUCCAGAAACUCCUCCAUUGCAAGUGACAUUCAUGGCGACGAUAUGAUUGUAACGCCUUUUGCACAGGUCCUUGCCAGCUUGAGAACUGUACGAAACAACUUUGGCGCAUUAACCAAUGUCCAGCAAGAAAGAGCAUCAACUAAGAGAUCCCCCAUGUGCAACCCACCACCUAUCACCAAGACCACCUUCACAGAGGAGGCCUACCAGAAACUGGCCACCGAGACCCUGGAAGAGCUGGACUGGUGCCUGGACCAGUUGGAGACAUUGCAGACAAGACACUCUGUCAGUGAGAUGGCCUCCAAUAAGUUUAAGAGGAUGUUGAAUCGGGAGCUUACUCACUUGUCAGAGAUGAGCCGCUCUGGCAACCAGGUGUCUGAGUUCAUCUCCAGCACCUUCCUUGACAAGCAGCAUGAAGUGGAGAUGCCAACCCCGCAAACGCAGAAGGAGAAGGAGAAAAAGAACAAGCCAAUGAGUCAGAUCAGCGGGGUGAAAAAGCUGCAACACUCCUCCAGCCUCACAAACUCUAACAUACCCCGCUUUGGAGUCAAGACGGAGACCGAGGAUGAACUGGCGAAGGAGCUGGAGCAUGUGAAUAAAUGGGGCCUUAAUGUUUUUAAAAUCACAGAAUUCUCUGGUAAUCGGCCACUGACAGUCAUGAUGCACACGAUAUUUCAGGAAAGGGACCUGUUAAAAACGUUUAAAAUUCCACUCGACACCUUCAUAACAUACCUGCUGACCUUAGAAGACCAUUAUCAUGGCGAUGUGGCCUAUCACAACAACAUCCAUGCUGCUGACGUCACCCAAUCAACUCACGUGCUGCUUUCCACUCCUGCCCUUGAGGCUGUGUUCACAGACCUUGAGAUCCUUGCUGCCAUCUUUGCCAGUGCAAUUCAUGAUGUGGACCAUCCUGGAGUCUCAAACCAGUUUCUCAUCAGCACCAAUUCAGAGCUAGCCUUGAUGUACAAUGACUCGUCUGUGUUGGAGAACCACCAUCUAGCAGUCGGUUUUAAGCUCCUACAAGAAGAGAACUGUGACAUCUUCCAAAACUUGACCAAAAAACAACGACAAUCGCUGCGAAAAAUGGUCAUUGACAUUGUGUUAGCUACAGACAUGUCCAAACACAUGAACUUGCUGGCCGAUCUGAAGACAAUGGUGGAAACCAAGAAGGUAACCAGCUCGGGUGUGUUGCUGCUGGACAACUACUCAGACAGAAUACAGGUUCUCCAGAACAUGGUGCACUGUGCAGACCUCAGCAACCCCACCAAGCCUCUGCAGCUUUACAGACAGUGGACAGAUCGCAUCAUGGAGGAGUUUUUCAGUCAAGGUGACAGGGAAAGGGAGAGGGGAAUGGAGAUCAGCCCCAUGUGUGACAAACACAAUGCUUCAGUAGAAAAGAGCCAGGUUGGAUUUAUAGACUAUAUCGCUCACCCUUUGUGGGAAACAUGGGCUGAUCUGGUUCAUCCGGAUGCACAGGAUAUCUUGGACACUUUGGAGGACAACAGAGAGUGGUACCAAAGCACCAUUCCGCAGAGUCCCUCUCCAGCUUUGGACGAACCGGAGGAUGGCUCUCGACCCCCAGGAGGGGACAAAUUUCAGUUUGAGCUCACGCUGGAGGAGGACGGGGAGUCAGACACUGAGAAAGACAGCGGCAGCCAGCCGGAGGAAGAGGAGGAGGAGGAGGAGGAGGAAGAGGAGGAAAACAGCUGUACUGACUCUAAAACACUCUGCACACAGGACUCUGAAUCAACAGAAAUUCCUUUGGACGAACAGGUGGGAGAGGACGAGGAUGAUGAGGAGGAGGAGCACGAGGAAGUCCUAGAGGGGGAGACACCCUGCUCAAAAGCUUGCGUUGUAGAAGAGGAGGUGACAGAAGAGGUAGAGGAGGAGCAGAAAUCCUCUGAAUCAUAGCAGUUAUGGACAUCUCCUGACUAACUGCUCUUCUUAGUAAUGACAGAUGAUUAUUUAUAGAAUAUUUUUUUGACUUUUGUGAGAUCUGUGUUUUAUACAUCUGUGUUUCCUGUUCCAAAGCGCAAGCUGCUCUCCACCUUGGCCCCGUCCCUUACAGCUUUGUCCAGACACCCACCGGUACUCCCAAGUUUUUUUGCACUCAGGAAAACUCCUUCUCAUUCCCAUCUCCACUGAAGUGGUGUGUCUUUAUUUCACUUUGACACCUCCCCUUAAGGAACCCAAGUUAAAGGUGUGGACUCAGACUCCACAGGCUGCUCAGUGCUGCUUCUACUUUUUAGCAUUUUUGCUUUGUCUCAGCUUCGCCUGAAAGUUAAAUAGUGUCUUUUUUUUCUUCUUUUUUUUCAAGUGCCCAAAACUCAAAACAGGAAACUCCUGGUAAAAAUGCCACACUCAAACAAAUUAGGAAGCUCGUUCUGCUGGCAUUGGUAGCUGCAGCACACAAGAUAGCUCCUCAAGACACAUUUCUGAUGUGGAAGUCUUCCUUGUGAAAAUCUGACUGACACAACGCUUAAACCUUGGCAGCCGCGUUGCUGCUCCAGACCUCAGUUUGAUUUUUAUAUCUGUGUACAAAUUAAGAUAUUUUCUAGACUUUACUUUUGCAGUCCAAGGCUUUCUUUUGUUAGUAAAGAGGAUGGUGGGACUUUUUGCAAAGCAACAAGGAGAAUUAUGUCAAAGAUAUUAAAUGUUUUUUCAGCUCAAUUAUAGAUGUUCUGAGCUGUUUGCACCAAUAGCAUUUAUAUUACUACUCACAUGCCACUAUAGUCAUAUUUAGUUAGUCUUUUGUUAAAGGCAUUUAAAUAACCAUUGUUUUGGUGAGAGUUUUACUGAGACAGAAGCAGAAACCUGAGGUCUUAUGCUUCACUCUCUGACGUGGAUGAAGCCUUUAAUUUUUUAUUAUUGUUGCCUGCAGUUCUUUUGAACACAUCCUGAGACAAUGCAAUGCUUUGUAGUUGAGACAAAAAGCACCUUUUUUUAAAGCUUGAUUAGUGCUUGAAGUGUUUAGAAAUAGUAAUGGUGUUUCAAACUGCUGGAGUGAAUUUUAUACCAACAUUUUAAAAGAUCUUGCUUUAUUUUUCUUUUCUAUUUUUUUCUUGCUUGAAUUUUGCCACUUAUGAAUUUGUUUUUUCUGCUUAAAAAUGUUUGAAUUUGCCGCCAACAACGUGAGAACUCCUGUUCCUGUCUUUGUUUAUCGGACAAGACAAUCAGCUCCAUGAAAUCUAGAUCGGUCUAUUCUUUACAUAGAUUUUUGAAUGCACUAAUUCAUAUUUCACUUCUUGAAUAUGUUUGAACUCGCCAAAAACGUUGAUGCUUGAACGCCUGCUUGCAUUGUUUUGCUUUACCUUGGCCAGGAAUCUCCUUUUUUACGUCUUUUUUUGAAUAACAUUACAACCUUCGCUAUUAUUUAUUAUCAUACUUAUUAUUAUCAUUAUAAGUGUGGUUAUUUUUGCAAUAUAAACGUGGUACAGUAAAUAUUUCACUGUAGCAUAAACCACAUGCUUGCCGGUUCUGAUGGUAACAAUUGGGGUGUACAGAAAUAAAAUCUUUUUUUUAUUUUUAAGAAAAUCGACAAAUGAAAAAGAAAAAACAAAACUUUUAACACAUCAGUUAUUUUAAAUAUGUGGCAUUUAUUUCUCCAUUUUCUCCUUUUAUUUAAACUUUCAUUUUGUGCCAAUUUUGAUUGUUUUUAUUUUCCAUCCUCACCCAAUGACCUUACCUGUAAUAGAGAAUAAUCUGGUUUUAUUGCUGUUUACAAACAUAUAUUUAUUGUGCUGUAUAUAAUAUAUAAUUAUUAAUGUUAUUACUAUCAUAAUGCAGUUUGCUGUAAAUGGUUGAUUCUUAUCAUCCCUUUUGGUGAUGGCGUGGCUGUAUUAUGUACCUCUUGUUGAGAGAAUGUUUAUUACACAGGAGCUUUGGUGUAAAAAAAAACAACUGAUCCAUUGACUUGUCGCUUAUCCGAGAUCUAGCUCAGAGAAGAAAGGGGGAAAAAGGCAAAAUUUUUGUUUUAAUUUAAUUUUUUUAAGAAACUGUUCCUUGGCCCAUGGGCUGUGCCUUAAAGUCAUCAUUUACUUUUAGCCUUUUCUUUUUGAUUCUCUUUGCUGCAUUAGUGAAUCUCCUGGCUUUGUUUGACCUGAUCUCUUGUUGAGAAAAGUUACCUUUUCAUUCCCAAGGCCAAACAAAAUAGGCUUUGUCACCACUGCUGCACUGUGGGUAAAACUGAGUCCCAGUGCGGAGGUUUAGGUCAACCACAAGCCAUAGAUUUACUAGAUGAGUGAUUGUGGCCUAAAAGUCUGAGAGUCACAUUUGCUGCAGGGCCUGGUCCGAACCUCUCAAUCUGCGCUUGUGCCCUGAAACACUGAAACACGUGCCACAACCUGUCAGAUGUGGAUGAUAGAGUCGUCCACACCCUGAUUGUGUCACAAACACUGAACGGGGCGCCGCAGCAGGGUGGGAGGCCAAGUCCUUGCGAAGCACAGAGGCUUUGACACACAUCUGCAUGUUCAGCCACUGCUGCAUUAAAUACGGCUGAAACACUGACGGUGUGCUGCUUUUCUAUGCUUAGCCCACACUUUCACUCGCAUUACUUGCAAUACCCAAAAACCACUGACGUCAUUCUGCCGGGACAGGAACAGGGGUUUAAAUGUGUUUCUGUGCUGAUAGAAAAGGGAGGGCCAAAGGGGUGUGUGUGGGGGUGGGGGUGCUGCGUCAUUGUUCCGAAAACAGGGACUCUUAUUUUGACACGCAUACUGUAGAUUUUGAACAGCCCUGGACCAAUGGAAAUAGUGGGAUCUUUUCUCAUUGUGCGUUCUAUUUUUUUAUGGUGUGACAGGAAAACACAAACUGUAACUUUUAAAAAACAAAACAAACUUAAAAAAAAAAAAAGAAAAGGUCUUCAGGACAAUUAUUUUUGGGGUUUUGUCUUUAAAUUGCCAACCUGUCUGGACGAUUCACAGGACAGUUCAAAUGUUAUUUUAACCAAUUUCUUGUUAAUCGCAGUCUAUUGGAUAGCACUGUAGAUCAUACAACUUUGUGUAGGAAAACAAAAACGAUGAAAAAAGUUUUUAUAUGCAAUGGAUUAAAUAAAAGCAUGGGUUGAUUCUGCCUA